UUUGUUGAAUCAUACCCUUCCGUGUUAUUGCAUUGUCAGGAGCGGAGCUAGCCGAGACUCAGACUGGUGUCUGGUUGUGCUCAGGUCAUUUGAAAACCUCCGAGUCUCACCUGACGACAAAUUUGCCAGUCGGAAUCUUUUGCGUUUCACCAUCUUUAACAGACAGCAUCACUUCGGAAAGAAUUGCACCCGUUGGAAAGUGCGUACCUAGUGCAGUUAUCAUAGCUGGGAUAAAGGAAAAGAGUAGCAACAUGUAACCAAGAGAAUCGGAAAAAUUUGCAAGUUUUGUUAGUGAAAAGUGAAAAAUUGUGACUCACAAAGUGUUGCUGAUAUUGAAGCCGUAUUAUCUGGCAGAUUGCCAAUCAUUGGAGUUUGGCUAUCGAUUUUGCAGUUAGUGAUAUAAAAAAAAUCUGGAAUCAAACAAAGAUCCAGCCAAUUGUGAUUCAAUUAGUCUUUCUGUUGGCACGAAUUGAAGGAGCAGUAUAUAGACGCAAAAGAUUUUUUUAAAAGGAUACUCGAUACGAGGGUGAAAAAAACGAGAAAACAUCCUUCGUUUAUUUCAAUCAGGAAAAUAUCUCUGAAGCUUGGCUGAGCUGCACGAAGGGACGAUACAGAAUGGCUUUGGAUUUUGCGGCGACAUACAAAGUGCUGGUGUUGGGCGAUUCCAACGUUGGCAAAACUUGCAUUGUGCAUCGUUAUUGUGAUGAAAGAUAUUAUGACACAUACAUUUCCACUAUAGGCAUAGAUUUUAAGCAGAAGUUAAUCAACCUGGACGGAGUGCCAAUCAAGCUGCAAAUCUGGGACACCGCCGGCCAGGAACGGUUUCGCACACUGACCACUGCCUACUACCGGGGUGCCAUGGGUAUCCUGCUAAUGUACGAUGUAACCAGUCUGGAAUCGUUCAACAAUCUGUCCUACUGGCUACGGAACAUUCAGGAGAACGCUGCACCGGACGUGGUAAAGGUACUGGCGGGUAACAAAUGCGAGUGCAAUCCACCCCAGCGAGCGGUGGACAAAGAACGGGGAGACAAGAUUGCAGAAAAUUUCGACAUGCCAUUCUUCGAAGUGUCCUGCAAGCAGAACAUCAACAUAGAAGAUGCGUUCCUGACACUGGCUCGAAAAAUACGUGAACAACGAGAACAUCGAGGUGAAAACUUCGACGAUGGUGACCGCCAGAAGGGCCUCCAGGAUAUGAUCAAGAACGGACCCGGCUCGAAUGGGCUGGGACCGUUCACGUUAGGCAGCGGAGGCGAGGGAGGUCGAUGUUCCUGCUAAGAUGUUGACGGAUCUGUCCUCAAUAGCUACGAAACGGAAUAAAAAAGACAUAGCAUGAAAAGACUCAAACUUUUUAACACAGAUAUACCCACGUUUCCGUUUGUAAUGAGUAUCAUUUGUUAGAACGAAUUACUAAACGGUUAUCGGUUCAUAAUUUAUGUGAUGAAAACUAUGCGGAUGCAGCUGGCAAGUGCACAAAUUUACACAGAUUGAAUCAUUUUAUAAGAGAAGUCUCUGUAGUGGCCAGUUUAGUGUGGUAAUGAGGGGAAAGUUCUCAUAUCAUAUAAAGUAGCAAAGAAUACUAAAUGAAGAUAUAGAAUUCAUAGCUCUAAUUUAUAAAAAGUUCACCCAAUCUGUUCUACAUUGCGACCCUUGCUUUAGUGUUUUUGUAUACCAAAUGUGUUAGGUUAAAAUAUUAGUCAAGAUCAAGUGGCUUCGAAGUACAAUUACAUAAUUUAUCCAACUUACUUUUACGACUUGGGUUACCUCUACUGGUGCCGAAAUGGUUGGAUUUGUAUUACAUACAUUGUUUUUGUCCUUUGGCCAAUUGGUCAUAUUUACCUAUACAAUAUUUCAUCAUAGUGUAGUAGAUUUCGAUCAGUUAAACGCAUUGGUUAGAACCGAUUUUCAAUUCUCAUAACGAAUUUCAAUAGCACAUUAGGGAUACGUGUCUAUUACCAAAAUCGUAAAUCUUAACUUAGCAUAACGUUCUUAACAAGUAAGUACAUAGUUUUCCGCAAACAAAAAAAACUGAACAUUAUACUGUCUUUCAGCAGCCGCAUUUGUUCGCUUGUUGGCUGCGCAUUUAAAAUAGCUCCGUUCGAAAAAGGAAAAUAAUUAGAUAAUACUGAUCUUCAACCGCUUAGCAUGUUGUUAUCAGGUUUAGAAGACUUGAAGCCUUUGGUUAUACUGUGCUGCACACACUGAUGUUCACAAAAUAGAUGAUUGGCAGGCUUGUGUACGAAAAAUAAAUAUUUGCCAGCACUGCCAAAAGGCUUCUUCAGUCCCAAAAGCAACUUAUUCCAAGGAUAUUGAAACACGGGUUUCGGUUUAUUGAUCUGUCCGAUUUGUUUAGCAAAGUGUUCAAUGUUACGAAGCGUUUGGUAUUAUUUUCGCAAACAAUCAACAACGUUUUCUCACCAAUCCAUCGAACCAUAAUAGACGGAUAAGCAGUAUAAAUGAAAUUUUAAAAGAGACAAUUGUACGUUUUCCAAACAAAACAUGCGUUUGUCAUAUAACUUCUAAAAAGGUUUAAAUUUAGAUUUUGAAAACGAAAACAAAGGUUAGAAAAUCGAGAGCAACAUGCGUAUUAAACUAGGAGAAAGAAGUGGAACUACAAUCUGAUUAGUAGUUUCAAGUAUUUCAAAAUAAAUAUCGUGGUAAUGUACCAAAA